GUAAAAGAGUCAGAGGCGUUUUGACUUGUUGCAUUGAAAUGCCCCUUCGUUAUGUGUUACACUUCGAUUGGUCCCCAAAGAUAGAAAUGUCUUAGAGCCUGUAAGUGUGGCAGGGGUGGUUUCUACACUUCAAAAUUGCGACCUACCUGCUCGCAAGGCAACCAGAAUCUCUUCAAUCAGCCUCACCGAGACCAACACAUCAGAACGCUGGUGCAUCGCCCAAACAUGGUGUUAACGAUGAAUAUGAAAGAUGCUCGGACCCCAGGUCACAUCAAAUUUGACCACGGCGCUUGUACAAGAGCAUUGAAUCGGCCUACAGUCGUCACAUCUCAAUUACAGAAGGCAAGCCAACUAGGGCACUCAGCCGUUAUCAACGCACGCGGGCCAGGAUGUCUGCCUCGAUAGCCAAUACGUCUCCAUCUGCAAAUAGCUCAGCUGGAUCCUCGACCCCAAUAAAGAGUACGACGCCGAAAACUAAGAGUGGCCGACCGAGCAAAUGGUCUGCCUCGAGGCAGCGAAAGCUUGCAAGACUGUACUUGUACACUAAUCUUCCCCGAGAAGACAUCCCACGGGUCUUGAAAGUCGAGAAUGGAAACAAUAAGGAGAACUGGGUUCCAGGGAAGGAAUCUACGAUCAAGACUGUUAAUGCGAUCCUCGAUAAGGAACCAAGAUGGCUGAGACCGAAAGAUCGAGAGGACAUGGACAAGAAGAUACUUGGGCUAUCGGAAUGCAAAACACAGAGGAGGUUCAGACGGCAAUUCUCAUCACCGCCUCCAGACGAACUUCCAAUAUCAGAUGCCAUUCCCUCCUUUGACUUUUCGGAAACGCCACUCGAAGAUCUCCUAGCAUUCGCGCCUGCAGAGCCAGUCAGAUCUCUCGUUACCGCGACAAACGCCGGAGGGGCCUUUGAUUACAGCUUACCUUUCUCCGCCCAAGAAAUUGUGUACGAUGAAGAGCUUGUACUACCUUCGUCGAUGUUGGCAGAGGUGUCGGACACAGCAAAUGGCGAAUCCUACCCAACACACAAUUCGGGCGAGAUUCCUAGCACGGACGACCUUAGCCUAUCGUCAACCUAUCUGAGCAUAACGAGUCUGAAAAGACGUUUAUCCCGGUAUUCGAGUUCCUACGUAAAAGCUAUUGCUCGCAUUGUGAAGGCCCAUUCGAUAUCAGAUUCCUCCGCCGCCAGUACAAUACAAGUUUCCUUCCCCAUACUCGUCAACACAGAGAAUGCCUCGGUCACAGGCUCUUCGACGAUACGAUCCUCGUCGACGCUGUUGGCUAACGUCAAGGCCAGAAUCCCCCAGCUGGUAUUGCCGGAUUCAAUUUUAGUCCUUGAACGACAUUUUAAAAAGCAGGGACUAUGCAUUCCUGGAAUCAAAAACCACGAUUCAAACGCAUGCUGGUGCCUCGAGGAACUCGAUUUCAAUUGCCAGACCUGGGCAUCCCAUGAUGGGUUGGUGUGUGUGCAGCGUGAAGAUCCUCCACGUCAUCUGGGAAAUCUCAACGUUUACUUUCGGGAUGUUUUCGGGAACAAUAUACUACACAUGCUUGCUGCGCGUGGAGCAAACAUCGAUGUCAUUGUGGAUGCCCUCCGGCAAGGCAUUGAUGGAAAUGCUAAGAACACAGCUGAACAGAGUUUCCUCCACGUAUUUUCUCGUCAUGCACUCACUCGCUUGGCCACGAAUUCGCUGGCUCUGGACUGCUUCUUGGUGAAGUUGAAUGCUUUCAAUGUCAGAUUCUUUGACUGUGAUCUCUUUGGCCGGAGUUUCUUCCAUCUUCUCACUCGCCGAGCAAGAAAGUUGGACCGCCAUUGCCUUGGGGUUCUAACGGAUCUGAACAUACAACUUCCUUCAAAACGGGAUGCUUUCGGAUGGGUUGCAACUUGCGAUCCCAAGGGCUUCAACGCCACGCUCGAAGAGCAGUUGCGCAAAAGCAACCCUCCUCGAAACAGUGAAGAGUCUACAGGAUCGGCAAUUUACCGUGCGGACCACCUCUCUACGAUAUUGCCGGGGACCACCGGGAUGGAGAGUCCCGACAGUACCAUCCGCUUCCCUAUUGCAGACCAAAACAACAGCAACGACGCUGAUACUUUUGUAUACAGUCAUAAAGCACUUCUCGAAACGGCAACAAAAGCUCUUGACUCGCCUACGAUCGAGGAUCUUGAAGGUCGCAAUGGCCUGCAAUGUCUGGCGGAAGCAAGCCUAGAUGUGGAUGAGAUGAGGGCUCUGAUUAGCAAUUCUAGCAAACGAAAGCGCGGCCAAACCAAACCAAGUUCUUCCUCCAGAGGCCUCACAUUUCGCUACGAACUAGCAUCGACAAUGAUAUCGUUUGGUGUUGACAUCAACCACUAUGACAAAAAUGGCAACUCUGUGCUGAUGUCCUUCGUGACGCAUCUGCCAGACGGCGAAGACGACAAGACUCUCGCAAACCUCUUCCGCCAUCUCAUCCAGAGUGGCGCGAACCUUGAAUUAAGAAAUCGGUCAGGCGAGACCGCGCUACAUGUUGCCGUUCGUCUUGGCCGGAAAGUUGCAACGAGGGUCCUGCUCGAAUGUGGUGCGAACAUGCAUGCCAGAACAUCUAUGGGAAAAGGGGUGUUGGUUCUGGGAGAGAUGUUUUAUUUUAGGGCGAGGGAGGACCCGAGGUUGUAUGCUAGUAUUAUGGCGUGUAUGGCGCUUUGUAUACAGUAUGGUGCUGUUGCGACGCCAUCUCUGGUGAUGGAAUGGGAGGAUAGAAAUUCAGGUUUUAUAUGACCUCAGAGGCAGGCCCCGGGAGUGAGGAAGGCAGGCGUUUCACGUGUUUCAUUAUUUCCACCGGACAUAGGUGCAACACGUCUACAGACUCAAUAGACGGAUUUCAAUAGCAUUAAAUAGAUGCAGACACGAUUUUACGAAGGAUACCUUGAACUGGUCGAC